AUGCCUUCCCUCAGAACUGCCGCAAUCUCUCUGUUGGCUGCCACUGCUGCAGCCCUCCCGUCGGUGCCUAGAUUCACUACUCGGCAAUUACAGUACCAUGAUGUUGCCAAGAGGCAAAAUGCUGCUGCCCAGGCUCUCGGUCUCAAUGAUUUUGACAUUCUGCAGUUCGCCUUGACCCUGGAGAAUCUCGAGAAUGCCUUUUAUCAACAGGGUUUCGCCAAAUUCCCUGCAUCCGAUUUCACUGCCCUCGGCCUCAGCGAUGCUCAAAUCAAGGAUCUGACGCAGAUUGGCUUCACCGAGUCUGAGCACGUUAUUGUUCUGCAGUCCGCGCUCGCGCAGAACGGCAUCCAGCCCGUCGCGCCUUGCACUUACAACUUUGGCUUCACCGAUGCCGCCGGCAUGGUGGCAACGGCCGCCAUUCUUGAGAACGUCGGUAUCUCGGCCUACCUGGGCGCGGCCCCCCUGCUGGCAUCCCCGGCCAUUCUUGGUGUUGCUGGCUCGAUUCUCACCAUUGAGGCUCGUCACCAGAGCUCCAUCCGUGUCUUUAGCAAGCAGGAGGCCGUGCCUCAAGGCUUCGACGCCCCCCUCGGCCCCAAGGCAGUCUUCUCUCUCGCUGCUCCAUUCAUCGCGUCUUGCCCAAGCGGCUCAAACCUCAAGCUCACUGCCUUCCCUACUCUUAGCCUGGCGAGCGCCACCGCUCCCACGACCGUCAACUCGGUCCUGAAGCUCCAAUCCUCUGCCUCUGCCGGCGGCAAGUUCUGCGCCUUUACCUCUGGUGGCGUCAACCCCGGCGGCACAAUGUUUACUCCCUUCACUGAAGCUGAUGGCUGCAAGGUGCCUGAGGGAGUUGCCGGCAUCACCUAUCUCUCGCUGUCUAGCUCGGCUCCUUUGACAGGUGCUCUGACGGACGAUAUUACUGUUGCUGGUCCUAUUGCCAUUACGGUCUCAUAG